AAAAUACUGGGAAGGUUUCGGCCAAAGAAAACAAUUCAGAACAAAAUACAGGUUGUUUAUGCGUUUCUGCUUUUCCCUUUUCACCACCUAGAUGGCGCUCUGAUCGCAUCGUAGUAGCAGAAAGCAGACAGUGCUGUGAAUGCAGGCAUAUUGUUGUCUUCAAAAUCCACAAUCCAUAGAGUCUGACGUGCUUUAGUUUUGUUAGGGCUGACCAGUCAAAGCUUCAUCAUGGCUUCGAGAGGUUAUGAAAAGGCCCUAACUAUGCUCAGAACCUUGCCCCGUGUAGGGAUUUACAACAUCGCCGCCAAUCCUGGCCACGUGAAAAAGAGCAAACGAGGCAGAGCCCAGCACGGAGGUGACAAGCAUGGUGCAGGAAACAAAGGCUCUCUGGCUCGUCAGAAUUACAUGCGAAUGGGUUAUGAAACAGGGAACAAUCCGUACUACCUUAGAUUCCCGGCAGAACCAUAUUACGUUGGGCACCAUUUGAGGAGACAAUACCCUCCAUUGUCACUGGCUAAACUUCAGUUGAUGAUUGAUACUGAUUGUCUUGACACCAGCAAACCAAUUGAUUUGGUUCAAAUUUGCAACACAGGAUAUUAUGAAAUCAAGCCCCAAUCAAAACAUUACGGUGUUCAGCUGACUGAUGAGGGUUUGGACAAUUUCAAGGCCAAAAUUAAUAUAGAAGUUCAAUGGACAACUGAACCUGUCAUAGCAGCAAUCGAGAAGAAUGGUGGUACCAUAACAACAGCAUUUUAUGACCCACAUUCUCUUUUUGCUCUUACCAAUGUAAAAAAGUUUUUGGAAAGUGGAGAACCAAUACCCAAACGAAUGAUUCCUCCUGAAGAUGCCAUUGAAUACUAUACCAACCCCAAAAAUAGGGGAUACUUAGCAGAUCCUGAGAAGAUUUCUUAUGAACGUUUGGUGUUGGCUCAGAAGUAUGGCUACACAUUACCUAAAAUUGAAGAAGAUCCAGAUUAUAAAAUGUUGACAGAACGAAAGGACCCACGCCAGAUUUUCUUUGGUCUAGAGCCUGGAUGGAUUGUCAAUCUAGUGGAUAGAAUCAUCCUUAAACCAACAGACCCAGAACUCAAAGAGUACUAUAGAACUUAAACUUCAACCAAACCGUGUAAUUUUCUGUUAUGUAUUUUCUAAAAUAUAAUUAAUUGUAGCAAAUAUA